AUGGCGUUUAUUAAAGAGGAGAGUGAAGACCUGAAGAUUGAAGAAACAUUCAGAGACAAACAUGAAGAUACUGAGGAACAAACAGACCUGAUGGCGCUGAAAGAAGAGAGUCAAGAACUGAAUGAAACGGAAGAGAAAGAUCAAAAUGAAAAACAGCAUGAUUUGAAAACUGAAGAAAAAUCAAUUAGUUGCUCACAGACUGAAAAGACUUCCUCACCAAAAAAAGCUCAAAAAAUACAAACUACAAACCUUAAUUCCCACUUAAUAAUUCACGCUGGAGAGAGCUCUUUCACCUGCCAACAGUGUGGAGACAUUUUCAAUCGAAAAGAAAGCCUUAAAGUCCACAUGAAAAUUCACAUUGAAAAGAAAUCGUUCAUAUGCUCUCAGUGUGGAAAGAGAUUUGCACAUAAAUAUCACCUUAAUGUCCACAUGAGAAUUCACACUGGAGAGAGACCUUACAUCUGCGAAGAGUGUGGAAAGAGUUUCACACGUAAAGGAAACCUUAAGACUCACAUGAGAAUUCACACUGGAGAGAGACCAUUCAUAUGUGAUCAGUGUGGAAUGUAUUUUACGCAUAAAAAAACCCUUAAUGUCCACAUGAAAACUCACACUGGAGAGAGACCUUACACCUGCAAACAGUGUGGGAAGAGUUUCAAACGAAAUGGAGAUGUUACGUCUCACAUGAGAGUUCACACUGGAGAGAAACCAUUCGUAUGUGUUCAGUGUGGAAAAAGUUUUAAACAGAAAAGACUCCUUAAUUCCCACAUGAGAAUUCAUACUGGAGAGAGACCUUUCAGCUGCAAACUGUGUGGAAAGAGUUUCAUAUGUAAAGAAAACUUUAGGACUCACAUGAGAGUUCACAAUGAAGAGAGACCAUUCAUAUGUGCUCAGUGUGGAAAGAGUUUGAGAUAUAAAGAAAGCCUUAAUUAUCACAUGAGCACUCAUUCAAGAGAAAACGGUUUUAAAUGUCAUCAGUGCGAAAGGAGUUUCUCAGACACGAUUCGCCUUAAGAAUCAUGUUCAAAUUCACAUCCACAUCGGAGAAAAGCCUUUCAUGUGCCAUCACUGUGGAAAGAGUUUAAAAAACACUGCAAACCUUCAGAAACACGUAAGAGCUCACACUGGAGAGAAACCUUUCACCUGCAAACAGUGUGGAAAGAGUUUCGCAGUAAAAAGGAACCUAAAGAUUCACAUGAGAGUUCACACAGGAGCGAGACCUUACAAGUGCCUUCAUUGCGAGAAGAGUUUCAAGUAUCUAAAUGAACGGAAUCAUCAUUUACAAACUCAUUCUGGGAAGAAAUUGCCGUGACAAGGUUUAGAAAAAGGAGCAAUUUCGUUCUCAUUUCUUCAGGUAGCUACAGGUAUGGAAUUGCGUUAAAAGUAAUAUCCCAAUUAAAAACUUAGAAUUGCCCUGAACAUCUUUAUCCUUGUAUGGCAUCUUCUGAAGUCAAAUUGAAGGGUCUUGUUUCUAGAUUUGUUGAAUAUUUCAAUGACUCAAGGGUUCCUUCCACAAAAUUUGAAGAUGUCCUGGGAGAAAGACCUAGGUAUAUAUAUUUCAGAAGACACUUCUAGACAUUAGGUCGUGUUCCAUCAGCUCUAACUUUCAGCUCAUUCAAUAUAAAGUUGUGCACAGAUUGCAUUAUUCUCACACCAGGUUAAGUCCAACGAGAGAACCAUUUUGGUUCUGUCCAAAAAUGUAUAAGUUCUUGUGUGAAGUGUUUUGUUUUUAU